UUGUGGUCUAGGGCAGAAAUGCGGCCGCGAUGCGAGUGGAAAUCGAGCUUGGCGGCAGCGAAUUAGCGGGGCAUGGCAGAGGCAUCGACUGUGGACGAGCUCGGGCCCAAAUUCUCGCAAGAGGAGGAUCAAGGCGGCCCCGAUUGGUUUGAGCGCUUGCCCGAGCACGUCCUCAUCGAAAUUCUCAUCCGCAUUCCCGCUCCAAACUGGCCGGCGGCGGCGUGCGCCAAGAAGCAAUGGGCGGCGCUCUUCAAGAGCGAGGAGCUGUGGCGAUUGGCGCUGCUGAGAAAAUGGCCUCACACCGCGGAGGUCGAGCGAUGGCCCGGCCCAAUUGGCCGAGGCUGUAGCAAGCGUCGCUACAGAGCCAUGCACGCGAGCAAAGCAGUGUUACCACUUAUAGGCGGCGACGUCGAAGAAGUCGCCGGACACGUCUAUCUCUACCUGAAAGAACAGCUCGAGUCCGCUUCCUCGGUUUCAUACAGCCUUCUCCACGGAACUACAAUCAACCAGUUCCUGGCUUGUAAGAUGGCAGGCAAUGAGGCACAGGCUCUGGCGUCACAGAUUUGGAUCGCCGUGAUCAAUAAUCUGGACAAAACUGACCGAAGGCUCAGCCUCCUGAUACGCGCGGCAGAUGUGUUCCUUCCAUCGUAUUCCAAGUCUCACGGGCUUCUUGUGGAGCGCAUCGUAAGUUUCAGAGAUUGUCAUCGCUUCUUCAAGCUCACAAUAUGAGCCCCUUCUCACUGGAGCUUACAUCAGAAGUUCUCAGAUCAAUCAAGAACAAGGAACAAGAAUCCUCUGCCUGGCUGUGCUGUGAGUUGGCUCUAAACAUCUUAUAUGCCAAAACUCUGGAUCGCUAACGACUUUUAAGUGCCAGACAGCUACGGGCGCUAGCGAUGGAUGUGUCCAUCGCGAAUCUUUAAGAAAACAAGCAAGGCAACACUAGACACACACACAAACAAAAAGAGGAGACGCACACUAUAUGAUGAAUCAAAAUCAAACAAAACAAAGAGUACACCAGCUUGAGUGUCAGUAUUUCUUUUCUCUUUUUUCCUUUUUCUUUUUUUUCAGUACAUGUGGAGCAGCUUUUCUUUUGCGUCCAUGUCUCACAAA